AUGCAGGUGUUCGGUGAAUGGGCGCAGGUGGAGGUGGUGGAACUGGUGAACGAUGGCUCGGGCCUCGCUUUUGGCAUCGUCGGGGGACGAUCCUCCGGGGUCGUGGUCAAAAGCGUCUUGCCUGGCGGUGUGGCUGACAGGGAUGGUCGGCUCCGGAGCGGCGACAUGUUGCUGCGCAUCGGCGCGGUGUCGGUGGUGGGGAUGUGCGCCCGCCAGGCCGCGGCCGUGCUGCGACAGUGCGGGGCUUGCGUGCGACUGCUGGUCGCGAGACCUGCUUCUGCUGCUGUACCGCCUUCAAUGCAGAGUCUGGGUGCAUCGCAAGCUCCGGUGGUGCCAUCUAGACUUUUAACAGACCCGAUAGAGCUAGAAAGAAGUCUGGCUGAGGCCGGCCAUGAUGGUUUUGGAGCACUAUGUGAAGAUACAACGCCGCCUUCCCCACCACCGACUAUCAUCGAAGAACGAUUGCAUCAUAGGCCCGUAGCAUCGAUAGUGGCUGUGGUACCCCGUGGUGCGCUCGCUCCCUCACCAAGACCGCCGCCGCUGAUAAUUGCACCUCCUGAGCCCCAACCACCACCGCUAAGGCUCCCACUAGACAUGGCGGUGAGAGGCAGCAGGGAGCCGGAGACACUAAGUUAUGAAGUGGAGCUGAACAAGGAUUCGGCGUUGGGCCUGGGGAUAACCGUCGCGGGCUACGUCUGCGAGCAAGAGGAGCUGAGUGGUAUCUUCGUGAAGAGCAUAAGUGAAGGCAGUUCAGCGGACCUCUGCGGCAAGAUUCAAGUCAACGACAGGAUUGUCGAGGUGGAUGGAGUAUCAUUGCACGGGGUGACGAAUCAUAAAGCAGUGGCAUUGUUACGUGAUGCGAGAGGGCCCAUUGUGCGACUCAAAGCUUUAAGAUAUUUACGUGGCGCGGGGUUUGAGAAGCUGCAAAAAGCGUUGGCGGCACAAGAUGGAAAACGGUCACCGAUCGCUCCGCCCAGCCCUUCAGUCACGUCGCUUACUAAAUAUAGCUUUAGUGUGUACGAUGAAUCAACGGUGAUAGAAGCGGAGGCUGAUUCAGAGAUACAACCGCAUCUGCCUUCCCCAACGUCUCCCUCGGAAGAGGCGGAGAUAGUGAUCGGACGGGACGAUGACAUUUCCGAGCGGGAAGUGCGCAGGAUACAGGACAAGUGGCGGGAUAUAUUGCAAAACGAGAAGGACUGGCCGGGUCACCAGCACCAGUAUGACAUUAUUGUGGGGACAAUAAUGAAAGAAAAAGACAGCGGUCUAGGAAUCUCAUUGGAAGGAACUGUAAGGGUAGUAGGUGGCAAGGAAGUGCAAGCCAGGCAUUACAUACGAGCUAUAGCUCCUAACGGUCCCGUCGCAAAAUUAGGACUACACAAAGUUGGGGAUGAGUUGUUAGAGGUAAACGGUUGGAGAGUACUGGGGUCACAUCACGUGGAAGUAGUGACUAGGUUAAGAGCUGUUACGUCACCUGUGCUAUUAGUGUGUGUGAGAAAGAGACAGGAAGAGAACCAAAAUAGCAAUGAAGAGAAUUUCGCAAAGAGUGCAAUAGUAGGAGGAAGCUUACAAGACCUCCUCACACCGCCGCAGCGUCUCAUCAAAGCCAAGUCCGAAAGCUCGGUUGCCUCGCUGUGUAGUGCUACGACUGUUAUGUCUGCUGGACAUGAUCAUGACGAAUUCUGUUCGGAUGACUUAGAACGAAAUCGAUCUAGAUCAUUAGAACCUUUAAGUGGCCUUGCGAUGUGGAGCGACAACAUAGAAUAUAUCCAGCUGCAGAAGGAGGAAAGAGGCCUCGGUUUUUCAAUUCUAGACUACCUGGACCCGAGCGAGCCGGGCAGUUCUGUGAUCGUGGUGCGGUCGGUGGUGGCGGGCGGCGCGGCGGCGGCGGACGGCCGCCUGGCGCCCGGCGACCGCCUCGUCUCCGUCAACGGGCAGGACGUCGCACGCGCGCCGCUCGCACAGGCCGUCGCAGCCAUUAAGAGCGCGCCAAAAGGAACAGUGACGAUUGGAGUAGCGAAACCUUUGCCUUGCAGUACUGUUGUGGGUGGUGAAAAAGCAAACGGUCACAGUAUGCAUAGCAGUCAGGAAUGCGUGAACUCCGUCGCUUCAGACGAUCAUACUGGCAUGGAUUCUUUUCACGAGUGCCUUCAAGAAUAUGGAGAAGGAAUUGAAGUUAUUCAGAUUUGUUUAGAGCCAGAGGAGUCGUCAAUCAAAGACGACGAAUUAUCCGCAUUAUGUGACAUCAGCUUCGAUGAUUGUUAUAAGAAAGGAAAAAAAAUAGAGGAUUGUAGUGAGAAAGACAAACCGCCUACAGAACAAUAUAAUGGUAUAACAGAGCAUAAGUCUUCCAAAUCCGAAGAAUCUUUGGAUGACCAAGACGACGAUAUGACAAUAACCGAGGACGAUGUUUUAGUUUCACCUAGAGAAUUAAAUAUAAGAAGUAAGUCUGCAGACAGAAAAGAGGCAUAUGGAAGCAGAAGUCUUUCUAAACAAAAUAGUAAGGACUUAUCUACCUCUGACGAAAUGGUUUUUGCUGUAACACCUACAGGCUUAGAAAGAAUAAGUUAUGAAAAGUAUUGGAAAGAGAGUGACAUAGCGGACACCAAGGAAGAAACGUUACAAAAGGUAAAAAGUGAUGAAAGCUGGAAAGAGUGCUUAAAUUCGCCUACGGAUGAAACGAGUAGCUUUUAUGAUGCAACUACAAGAAUAUCCGUCCAAGAAGAAAAUAAUACAUUACUGUUUAUAGAUCAUGAAAUAGACGGAUACGAAACAUGUCUCGACGAUGACUCAACGUCCCUGAAGUGUACAGAGAAAAACGGCUAUAAAUUUAACGGAGAUCGAGAGAUCAAAGAGUUUAGUAAACAAGAUAAAAUAGCUAAUAGUAACAAAGACAACGUAGCAUGUGCCAAAAUAAAUUACGCUCAGAACAUUGCCAAUGACGAAGAUGAAUUAUCGGAUUACACACGCCCUUAUGUUCAAGAACAUAUUAUAAAACAAAUGAAAUCAUUGAGAAUAGAGCCACUUAAUGUUAAUGUUAGCAAUAAAAAAAUAAGAAAAAGAAGUCCUACUAAACCGUCCAAAAAUGAACGCCGAUGCAUCGAAUACUACAAUGAUCAAGACGAGUGCUUAAAGGAAAUACGCAAAAAGAAGCGAGAAGAGGAAGAAAAAAGGUAUAAAGAAGAAAGUAAGAAAAUAUUUAAUAUAAAUUUAGCGACAAUGGAAAAGAAAAUAAUGAUGAAAAAGCAAGACCCGAGUGAAGAAUCAAUGGACUUAGAAAAUAAUUAUGUACCAGGGUGCCAUAAAUGUUUCUUAGAAAAUUAUGCAUAUGCUAUUACAAAGGCGUACUUUGCCGAAGCCAACACUUGCAAGUAUUGUGAGGUAAUCAGAAAUAUGCUUAAACCUCCGAAGAAAAUUUCAGACAGAAGAAUGUCGGCGCCCGCAAUAGUUAAUUUAGAGAGUACAGGAUCUGAAACAGACGAAGAAGAUUUAUUAGCUGUCCCAGUGGUGAAGGGCCGGAGGAAAUCAGCUGAACCUUUGAAUUUUUUAGUGCCUUCUAGAAGACAAAGGUAA